GUCACGAUGAGUAAAGGUGCAAUAAUCGGCGCGUCCAGCAUACUGGUGGUGGCGGUGGUCGCCGCUGUCUGCGUCGUCUCAUUCAAGAACAACUCCGGCGGACAGGAAGACGAUGCCCACCUCACCACGUCCGUCAAGUCCGUCAAGGCCUUCUGCCAGCCCAUGGACUACAAGGAGACGUGCGAGGCGGAGCUGACCAAGGUGGGCGGCAACGCCACUAACCCGGCGGACCUCGCCAAGGCCAUCUUCGAGGUCACGUCGGAGAAGAUCAAGAAGGCCAUCAGCGAGUCAGCCACGCUGGAGGAGCUCAAGAGCGACCAGCGCACCGCGGGUGCCCUGGAGAACUGCAAGGAGCUGCUGGAGUACGCGAUCGAGGACCUCAAGACCACCUUCGACAAGCUCGGGGGGUUCGAGAUGACCGACUUCAACAAGGCCGUCGACGACCUCAGGACCUGGCUCAGCGCCGCGCUCACGUACCAGGAGACAUGCCUCGACGGAUUCCUGAAUACCACCACCGACGCCGCCGGCAAGAUGCGGGGCGCGCUCAACGCGUCGCAGGAGCUCACAGAGGACAUCCUCGCCGUGGUGGACCAGUUCUCGGCGACGCUCGGGAGCUUGAGCUUCGGGAGGAGGCUGCUCGGGGAGGAGGACGGAUCGCCGGUGUGGAUGACGGACGGGAAGAGGCGGCUCAUGGAGGCCGGACCCUCGGCGCCGGAUUUCAAGCCGAAUAUCACGGUGGCGGCCGACGGCAGCGGCGACUUCAAGACCAUCAAGGACGCGCUCGCCAAGGUGCCGGCCAAGAGCGCUUCCAUGUACGUGAUGUACAUCAAGGAAGGAACGUACAAGGAGUACGUGACGGUGCCCCGGACCGUAACCAACCUGGUGAUAAUCGGCGACGGCAUGGAAAAGACCAUCAUCACCGGCAACAAGAACUUCAAGAUGAACCUCACCACCAAGGACACGGCGACAAUGGAGGCGAUCGGGAACGGGUUCUUCAUGAAGGACGUCCGGGUGGAGAACACGGCGGGGGCGGCGAACCACCAGGCGGUGGCGCUGCGCGUGCAGAGCGACCAGGCGGUGUUCUUCCAGUGCUACUUCGACGGGUACCAGGACACGCUCUACACCCACGCGCAGCGGCAGUUCUUCCGGGAGUGCACGGUCACCGGCACCAUCGACUUCAUCUUCGGCAACUCCCAGGUGGUGAUCCAGAACUGCCUCAUCCUGCCGCGGAAGCCCAUGGACAACCAGGUGAACAUCAUCACGGCGCAGGGGCGGCGCGAGAAGCGCUCCGCCGGCGGCACCAUCAUGCACAACAACACCAUCGAGCCGCACCCGGACUUCCAGCAGCAGGGGAAGAUCGCAACCUACCUAGCCAGGCCAUGGAAGGAGUACUCCAGGACCAUCUACAUCCAGAACAACAUCGGCGCCUUCAUCGACCCCAAGGGCUGGCUCGAGUGGAACGGCAACUUCGGCCUCGAAACCCUCUUCUACGCCGAGGUGGAGAACACGGGCCCCGGCGCCGACACCAGCAAGCGCGCCAAGUGGGGCGGCAUCAAGACCGUCACCUACGAGGAGGCGCAGAAGGAGUUCACCGUCGAGGCAUUCAUCCAGGGCCAGCAAUUCAUCCCCAAGUACGGCGUGCCCUACAUCCCGGGACUACUCCCACAAUCAGAGCCCGGGAGGGGGCACUAA